GUUCUGUUUAUGCCUUACGCAAUGUUACUAUAAACCUCAAAAAAGCUUAAACCCUAGCCACUCCAGAAGAAGGAAGCUUCAAAAACCCUAAUUCCCAGCUUCAAAUGGCUGCUAAUAAGAAAAAAGGAGCAAAAGCAAAAAACCCACCUCCGAAAAAGAAGCAAAGGAAUGAUCUUUUCACUGAAAAGAAGAGACCCACUAGAAAGGAUGAGGUUUUUGAUGAUGGUUCUGAUAGCCGGAGUGAAGAAGAAGAAGUAGAAGAAGCAGAGGACUUAUUGGAUGGGGAUGAAGAAGUGUCUGAUUUCGAUGAUGCCUCUGAAAUUUCUGAUGAUGAUGAUGAUGCUCCCUUGGCUGAUGAUUUCCUCCAAGGAGGUGAUGAUAAUGAAGAUGGAGGAUCAGGUUCUAGUUCAGGUUCUGGUUCUGAUUCUGAUUCAGAUGCAACUGAUAUUGAGGAGAAGUCAAGGGCUAUUGAUGAACAAAGGGCGAGGGAAGAAGAAGAUGCACAAGCAGAAAUGCAGAUGAACAUUAAAGAAGAGUCUGAUGAGUUCAGAUUGCCAACAAAAGAGGAACUUGAAGCAGAGGAACAACGUCCACCAGACCUUGCAAAUCUUCAGAUGAGAAUAAAAGAGAUUGUUCGAGUGCUCUCAAAUUUUAAGGAUUUGAGGCAAGAGGGAACCACAAGGAAGGAUUAUAUUAACCAACUUAAAAUGGACUUGGGUUCAUACUAUGGCUACAAUGAAUUCCUGAUCGGGGUUUUGGUCGAUAUGUUUCCAGUUGUUGAACUCAUGGAACUUAUUGAAGCUUUUGAAAAGCCUCGACCUACAUGUAUUCGAACAAACACAUUAAGGACUCGCCGAAGGGAUCUGGCUGAUGUUCUCUCCAAAAGAGGAGUAGAACUAGACCAAUUAAGCAAGUGGUCAAAAGUUGGGUUGGUGGUAUACAAUUCACAUGUGCCCAUUGGUGCCACUCCAGAGUAUUUGGCUGGCUUUUAUUAUAUACAAGGUGCAAGCUCUUUUUUGCCGGUUAUGGCUCUUGCUCCUCAGGAAAAAGAUCGAGUAGUAGAUAUGGCAGCUGCACCUGGUGGUAAAACAACUUACAUUGCCGCACUCAUGAAAAAUAGUGGAAUAAUUUAUGCAAAUGAAAUAAGGGAAGCAAGACUAAAGUCACUUACUGCAAAUUUGCAUCGUAUGGGGGUGACAAACACGAUAGUUUGUAACUAUGAUGGGAGGGAGCUUCCCAAGGUUUUGGGUCAGAAUUCAGUUGAUAGAGUAUUGUUGGAUGCCCCUUGUAGUGGUACAGGAGUUAUAACUAAAGAUCCAUCCGUUAAAACCUCUAAAAGUUUGGAAGAUAUACAAAAAUGUGCCCAUUUGCAGAAGCAACUGAUGCUCGCUGCCAUUGAUAUGGUUGAUGCAAAUUCCAAAUCUGGUGGAUACAUUGUUUACUCCACGUGCUCCAUGAUGGUUCUAGAGAAUGAAGCGGUCAUCGACUAUGCACUCAAGAAGAGAGAUGUCAAAGUAGUACCAUGUGGACUUGACUUUGGAUGUCCUGGGUAUAUCCGUUUUAGGGAGCAUCGAUUUCACACAUCCUUAGAAAACACAAGGCGGUUUUAUCCUCAUGUCCACAAUAUGGAUGGAUUUUUUGUGGCUAAGUUGAAGAAAAUGAGCAAUGCAAAGAAAAAUCCUGUAAGUUCUGAAGAUUCGGAAACAGUAGAGCAAACUCACGGGCCGGAGGAGAGCCGCAGUGAGGACAAUAAAAAAGAGCUUGAACAACACUUGAAGAAACCAGGCACUAAAGGAAGAAAGAAGAGCUUAAAGAAGAAUGGUUCAUCCCAAAAUGGAAAGGUAGAUUCACCUCCAACAUCGAAAAAGAAGGAAAAAACCAAAAAUGGAAAGGUAGAAUCCCCUGCAACAUCCAAAAAGAGGAAAAGAAAGUUCCUGUCUAAAGAGGAGAUCUCUAAAGCAAGGGAGGAGAAGAGAAAGGCACUGAGGGAAAACAAGAAGCAAGCAAGGAAAGAGAAGGCUUGAGAAUGAUUUCCUUUGGCACAUACAAUCAUUCCAUAACUUUGUAGUGUUGUACACUAAAAGUGGAUGACUGGAUCUUCACUGUUUUUUGUUUCCUUAAAUCAUCUCAGUUUUGCCUUUUCUUUCUUUAUCUUAUCAUUUGUAUUACCAUUAUUAUUAUUAUUAUUAUUACUAUUGAAUUCAAUAUUACUCCUUAAUCUUCAUCCUUAUCUCAA